CACAGAUGCUUUCUGGGGCUGCUUCUUGUGCCGGUGGAGCGAAAAGGCCACAAGCAUCCAGCUCCAGGGCAACUGAUCUUUCAGUAAAAUCAGAUUUGAGUGAAAUAUGAGAUUUACAGUGUAGUGAUACAGAAUGUAGCAGAAGCAUAACUGUGUAAGAAAACUAAGUAAAAGUUUAUUAGAGGACAGGUACAACACUGCAUAUUCCAACAUACAGUAUACAUCACCAUGAGUGGUUUAGGUGUCGUGCAUCACUAAGAGCACAACAGCAAACUCACACACACACACACACACACACACACACACACACACACACACACACACACACACACACACACACACACACACACUCAUCUGGAUGUAAGAGUGGUGGUUGAAGUGGUGCAUAAUGAAGAGAGGACGAAGAAAAGGUGGGAGUAAAGAUAAGGUGUUUGGCUGUGACCUGAUGGAGCAUUUAGCUGCGACCAAUCAAGAAAUUCCUCAUGUACUCCGUAGCUGCAGUAUAUUCAUUGAAGAGCAUGGCAUCGUUGAUGGGAUCUACCGAUUGUCUGGAGUGUCAUCAAACACACAGAAACUAAGGUCAGAGUUUGACAGUGAGGGGUCUCCAGACCUGUAUAAAGAGGUGUAUCUGCAGGACAUUCACUGUGUCAGUUCCCUCUGUAAGGCGUACUUCAGAGAGUUGCCGAACCCACUGCUCACAUACCAACUGUAUGAUCACUUUGCUGAAGCCGUGGCAGUUCAGUUAGAGGAUGAGAGACUGGUGAAGAUCAAGGACGUGUUGAAAGAGCUUCCAGAGCCCCAUUUCCGGACUCUGGAAUAUUUGAUGAGACACUUAGUCCGGAUGGCUAAAUAUUCUAAUGAGACCAACAUGCAUGCCAGAAAUCUUGCCAUUGUGUGGGCUCCCAAUCUCCUCAGAUCGAAGGACAUUGAGGCAUCUGGUUUUAACGGCACUGCGGCUUUCAUGGAGGUGCGAGUCCAGUCCAUAGUGGUGGAAUUUAUUCUGACUCAUGUGGCUCAGUUGUUUCCUGAAUCAGAUCCUGAACCAGGACCAACUUCAGAGCGCAGGAAGUCUCUCCCUUCACCAUCCAUACUGCCCAACCAGGACGAAGCCUUCUUUAAGGCCUUGCCUUUUCAAUGCCCAGGCAACAUGAGUCCUGGAGAUGGUCCCCCACAGAUGAGACCUUACCAUGCCAUCAUUGAUGGCACAGACAAGAGGAAGGGAUCGCUAAAAGGCAGAAAAUGGAAGUCUAUCUUCAAUUUAGGCGGGAGACUCCAUGAUCCUCGCAAAAAGAAGUAUGCACCCAAAGAGAAAGAGAAGACCGGUCUUAGGCCUGCUAAAAGUAUGGACUCUUUGAGCUCAGGACCUUACACACAGGAAGAUUCCAGGCAUGGUUCUCCACACCUAUCUCCUUUAGCCAUACCCUCUGGAACAGCAGAAAGCGGGCCUGCGGGGGGUGGGAGUGUGGCUAGUGGAUAUGCAGUGACAUACAGGCGCACAGGUGGGGCUAGUGUGAGCAUGGUGAGUGGAGGGGGUGGGGCUCAGGGCACUUACAGGAGCCUGGAUCCAGGGUAUGGGGCCAACGCAGACAAAUCACAGACUCCAUCUCAAGUGACUCAAAGCAGGGCAGAGCGCCGUGCAGGAAUGCACAUUUCUGGGCCUUUUUCAGUGACCGUUCCUCUUCAUAUAACCUCGGGGCUGGCGCUGGGCGUAUUACAGGGAAAAAGAGCUGAGGAGGAAGAGCCAAGGCAGGAGCAGAAUGAGGAGGAACAGCCGAAGAAAGACAAACAGGAGAAUGCUGAAGAGAAGGAAACAGAAUUGGAUGAAGGGAACGUUCAAAUAGACAGCGAGACAGGAAGGCUGAAUGACAACAAUGAGACGAAGACAGAUAACAUAAGUGAAGGAGAUGGGGAGAAAGACGUUCAAAGAGAAGACAGAGAGCUAGAGGAGGCCAGGCCUGAGGAGAGAGAAGAAUCUAGAGAUAAAGGCAAAGAGGAUCAAUAUUUGAGUGAGGAAGAAGCAUCAAAUGAGGUACAACAUGCCACAGAUAGACCUUCGCUCAGUGAAAACAUAGAUGGAGAAGACUACAUGGUCAUGAAAGGAGUAGUGAUACAGUGUCCUGAAGGAGAUGGGGGUCAAAAUGAGAGUCCCAAUCUCCUGUCUCAGGAAGAAGAGUUCCCUGAAAACGAGCUCCCUCUGGAUUUCCAGGAUACUUUUGGAUUCUUGGAUCUGAUGGAUAUGCCUGCCACAAAUCAGCUAAAUGAGUUCUCAGUGGAGCCCCCUGCCUUUGAAAUGGAAGAGUAUGAAGAGGAUGAUAUGCAGAGUCCGUCACAGAGCCUUCCUCAUAUGGAAACCUCCCAGCUGAACUUGCCCGUUCACACAAGCAGGCUGUCAAGCAAAUCACACAGCCUUCCGUAUAAAUACUCUCCUUACCAGACAGUUUGCUCCUUUUCUUCUGAUGAAGACUGUUACUCAGGACCUAGCGAUGAUGAAGAUAGUAUUGAUUUGGACAAGGAUGAAUAUGAGGACAUGUUCAUUAAAAGUCUACCUUCUGAUACCUAUUUUCGGGGGUUGAACUUUGCAACCCCAACAUUAGACUCUGACAGCAAUGUAGAUUCUCACAACAAGAACCAGUCAAAGUACUUAAAUCAGACUCACACCAUACCCGAGGACAUUCAGGAUUCACCCCCUGCCAGUCAAUCAUCUGAUACGGAAAUGAUAGCCAAUAAUGCUGUUGAUCAGUGCUUAAAUGAAAGGGAUCUCAGCCCGCUUCCUUUAGAGACAGAGCACUUAAAUGUGGAGAAGAAGAAGAAUGAAGACAGAAGCACAGAGAAUGAUGGAGAAGAUAAAAGUGGCUCAGAAAAUCUUGGGAAUGUAAAUGAACCAAUUCAAGAGGAAAAUAAAAAGAUGGAAAGUACUGACAGCAAAGAGGAAGCACUCACCUGCAGUCAAAAAGAUGAAAACCAAGAGGACACAGAAGAUGAAAACCAAGAGGACACUUAUUUUGGUCCAGACCCACCUUCUAUCAUAGUGGAACCAAGCAACAGUGAAACUGUUGAGACAUCCAGCACAACUGAUCCUGUGAUCAGUGAGGAACCUGCAACCUCCAAUGAUCAACAGGAGAGUACCGAUAGUUGUGUUGACAUUGCUGAAAGUGAGACUAUAAUAGAAGUGACAAGCCCUGAAUUAGAGACAAUUCAAAAUAAAACUGAGACUGAUGAACUCUCAGUGGAAGUAGAAAUAAUUCUGCAUACCAACAUGCAAGAACAGACAGAUGGGAAUGAGCUGGAAGGUGUGGUGUUGAGUGAGGAAAGGGAAGUUGGUGAAAAGGGAGAGGACGAGAGAGACGCAAGGGAGACAGAAGAAAAGAUUAUUAUAAAGGGAAAUAGUAUGGAAAGUGAGCACACUGAGGGAGAGAAGAAUGAUGAGGGUCCUACAAAUGAGGUAGAUGUGGAUAAGAUGGGAAAAGAGAGCAAUAUGGAUUCACAAGACGAGCAGACAUAUUUACAGAAUAAGAUGGAAGAUGGAGAUGUUGAAAAACAGAAGGAAGGCAGUGACAGUGGAGAAGAGAAUGAUCAACAAAUGGAGGAGGAUGACGUAGAGGAGGAAAUUGAGGCUCAGAAAGACUGUCAUUUAGAAGCCAUUGCAGAACUAAAAGAGGGAAGUGCUCCUGAAGAGCUGAGUGAAGAAGAUGACCAGCUUUCGGAGGAUGGCGAGGAACAGCAGAGUGAAAAGGAGAAGGACAGCAUGAGCGAGGAGAAACAUGAAGAUCCUUCUGAAUCAGAUAGGGAGAAACCAGUGAGACCACCGAGAAAGAAAGAUGGAGGAAGAGGUGCAGAGCUUGGCCCAGGCGUGUGCAGGACAGUGAUUAUAUCCAAACAAAAAAUGUACCAAGUGAAAGCUGUUCCUGUUGUACCGCCUAAACCACAGCAUUCCAAAAUCACAGCUUUCAGACAACAGUUUCAACAGAGAGACACUGAGAGACAACCGAAACCCAUACUGCCUACAUGUACAGAAGGACAACAAACAGACAGAGAGCUUCCAAAGAAAGAAAAUGAAAAUGAAGAAAACAGACAUGCAGAAAUAGGGGACUUAGCAGAAAACCAUGACUGCCAAAACACAGAGCAGGAAAAAGGAACAAGGACAGACAAGGAGAAGCCAGAGGAAAACAAGGCAGGUGAAGUUAAGAAACAGCUGAAGGACACAAAGUCAUGCCAUGGUUUGGAAGAGGAGAUAGAACAGGACAAAGAAGAACAGAAGCAAAGGAGAGGGACCUGGGAUGGAGGGAGUUUGAGAAAGGAUGGGCAGAAGGAGUUAGACAAGGAAGCAAAAAGAACCAGCGGCAUUAGUAUGUGCUUCGAUGAAGCUGUCGCAAGGGCAACAGGUAAAAGAUACAGAGAGAAGGAAUCUAUAGAAAAAGAAAAAUUCGUUGAUUUACAGUAGGAAAGGAGUCAGCAGAAAGAGGGACUGAACUAAAGAAAGGAAGAGGAGGAACAAGAGAAAACUGACUGACAUCAAAAAAAGUGUAUGAAUGUGUAAAAUAGGAUGUUUAUAGCCCCCCCCCCCCAAGAAAUUCUACAUAGGCUAGGUAAACAAAAAAAGGUAAACAAACAUUUUCAUUUCAAGGCUUUGGAAUUUGCUGGAGAUUUUAGCAUAUCUUUUUCAUUCUAACCUGUAAUUACACAAGGACUGUGUGUGUUUUUUUUGUUGGCACAAAUAAAUACUUUUCAAUUUUGGCCAUAAGUAAUCAGCAUUUGUGCAUAGUUUAUUGUAUAUGUGUGUUUAAAAACAUUACUGUGUGUGUAAAUGCAGUGAACCACAAAAAAUAUUACACUUAAAUUUUUUUUUUGAGAAAUAUUGGUAAUGUACACAAAAUUAAAUAAAAAAAUGUAUUUGUAACUGUA